UCGCCGAGACGCCUAGCGUCUUUGAAAGGUUAUUCAGUCCCUUUCCGUCCAUCGUCGUUUACUAUUUUUUUUUCUCCAUAAACGUAAAUAAACGCAAUAAUUUUUUUUUCGUGAAAAAAAAAUUUUUUAACUUCUAAGUUCCGGAUUUUUUUUUGUUUGUGCGGUUAAAUUUUCCGUUUUUACGGAGCAAAAACGGGUCAGAUUCUCGUUUUCCGAGAUGAAUGGAGAUGAUGAUGAUGGUGUUGGGUUUGUAGCCGAGAGCCACUAUCUCAAGAGUCCAUCUAUUGUCCAACAGCAGGCUAUGGCUCUCCUUCAGGUGCCCGGAAGGGAGGGAAGAGAAGGAAGCAUGUCUUCCAAUAUGAGCGAUCUGGAUGUGCCCAUUUAUUCAUCGGAAAAUUUGACUACCCAGCUGCCCAGGAGGCAAUUCAAAGGGGGGUUAAAUGGAAAGUUGGUGUUUGCCAUAUCUGCAGCCUCCCUUGGAUCUGCAUUUCAACAUGGUUACAGCACAGGAGUUAUGAAUAACCCACAAAUGGUUCUCCAAAAAUGGAUGAAAGAAGUACUUAGUCAGAGAAAUGGUGAAGAACCUGAUAGCACUACUAUCACCUUGCUCUGGUCCGUCAUCAUAUCAAUAUACUGCGUAGGUGGUAUGAUAGGAGGUCUAAUAACAGGUUUAAUAGCGGAAAAACUAGGUCGGAAAAUAGGUUUGCUCUUCAGCAAUAUCUUCAUCAUACUUGCCGCCAUCUGCACAGCAACUGCCAAACCAACAAGUUCAAUAGAAUUAAUCAUCAUAUCAAGGUUCUUGACUGGUCUAAAUGCUGGUCUGAACGCAGGAAUCACACCCAUGUACUUAGCUGAAAUAUCGCCCACCAAUUUGAGAGGAGCCGUUGGUUCAGUAUACCAAUUGGUCAUCACUAUAUCCAUCCUUGUCUCUCAAAUUUUGGGUAUCCGUAGUGUUUUCGGUAACGAAGAUUCCUGGCCUAUACUACUGACGCUCAUUCUGAUUCCUUGCAUAUUCCAGCUUGCCACCUUCCCAUUCUGCCCAGAAUCGCCAAAACAUCUUCUGAUAUCCAAAGGUCAAGAAGUUGAAGCUCAACGUGCCCUCAUCUGGUUGAGGUGUACCCAUGAAGUUCACGAAGAGAUGGAACAAAUGAAGAGUGAAGCAGAAGCCAUGAAACUCGUGCCAAAGGUCACCGUUAUCGAUUUGAUUGUCAAUGGAGCCUUGAGACAACCUCUCAUCAUCUCCCUGAUGGUCAUGCUUGCCCAGCAACUCAGUGGAAUCAAUGCUGUUAUCAAUUUCUCCACUGAUAUCUUCACAACAGCUGGUCUUAGUGAAACCAACUCAACAGGAGCCACGAUGGGUAUUGGUUUGGUCAACGUGCUCAUGACUCUGGUUUCGGUGGUCCUGAUAGAGCGAGCUGGUAGAAAAACUCUUCUGACCGCUGGAUUUAUCGGGAUGAUAUUCUCAACAAUACUUUUGACAGUCGCAUUAACGUUUUCCAAAGAAUCAGCUGUUGCCAGUAUCUUCUGCAUUGUUUUCGUCGUCCUAUACAUAAUCACUUUCGCAACUGGUCCUGGGUCGAUCCCAUGGUUUUUGGUAUCAGAAUUGUUCAGUCAAUCUGCCAGGCCAACAGCUGCAUCACUGGCUGUAUUCACGAAUUGGUUCGCCAAUUUCUUAGUCGGACUUACUUUCCUUCCUAUAAAAGAAGCCAUAGAUUCCAAUGUUUUCAUCAUAUUUAUUGUACUACAAAUACUGUUCCUGAUUUUCAUAUGGAAGAAAGUACCUGAAACCAAGAAUAAAUCUAUCGAAGAGAUCUCCGCUCUUUUCAGACAAAAAUCUUACGAGUAAUCUUUGCAAAAAUGUAAUAUAUCAAUGAGUAUUUCAUUAUUGCUGUCUACAUUAUUGAUGUAUCAAAUGACUGACAAAAUAUUGAUAUAGAGAAAUGUGAAACUGUGACAAAACUAUAUAAGAUAUUUAUUUUCAAUAUUGUGAAAAUUAGUGGCAUGAACCAAGUUCAUGAGAAGUAUUAGAGAUUCUAUAUAAAAAAAAAACAUUUUAUGAUUGUAAAAAAAUAUUAAUGUCGUCAAUGAAGUACAUUACCUCGAUAGGUUGAAUCAUCAAUUAAAAGUUGAAUAUUUUAUUCAUGGAUAAGCACGAAAAUUUUUAUGUUUUAGUUUUAAAUUUGUUUUUAAAUGCGUAGAUCUCAAUUGAAUACACUGUUUUUGAAUGUCAAGAUUCUUAAAUUUUCUGGAAUACCUAUAUUGUGAAUAUCAGUUUUAUGAAAGAACCAAUAUCUGGCCAAUGUCUUUUCGUUCUGAAAUAGGAUAUUAGUUCUUUGAAUUUUUUAUUUGUAGAAAACAAAGGUCCAAGGUGUCUGAAUGUUGCGCCUUAAUUCGAAUUUCCUAUAAUGAAAGAAUAUUUUUGAAAGAAUAUUUUUCCAUAAUCAUAUCCUAGUAUUAUUUGUGAUUCAUGUAAAUAUGUGUAAUUUUGAGUAUAGAGCUUAUUAUGAGAAUUACCCUACGCUGUAAUUAUGAAAUAUGUUAUUUAAUAUUUAAAAUUGCAUAUUAUUAUUUUAAGAUUGAAACUCAAGCAAUGAUUUCAUCAGGUCAACUAAUAAUAUUGAAGCAAUCAUAUAAUUUAUAGAAAAAGUUGUAAAUUUAUAUCAGUUCUUUAUUUUGAACAGAAUACUUUGUGAUUUAUUGUAAGAUCCUAAAUUCAAUAAAAAUGUUGAGUUUGAAA